GGUUCUGGAAGCUUGUUUGUACUGCUUGUCAAGUGCUCGUACUGCUCGUACACCUGUGCUUGUACUGUGCUCGUUGCGUCUACCAUAGCCUCCUAUAUAAUUGUGGCUUGACGAACAGCUCGUCGACUCGGCUGUCAUUUAAUACUUGAACCGGUGUGCAAGUGAAACGCGGGAAACCGAUAGCUGCUCAAAACAAGUCGGCUGUGCAAAACGUUACGUCAUACUCGACAUGAUUUCCAGGCUCAGCGCUGUACCAUAUCAGUGCACAACAUGCAACAAGAGCUUCACAGGACCAGCAAGCUAUGCAGAGCACAGGGACAGCGACAGGCAUCGCAUGCUUUGUUCCACCAAAGUUAUUCCAGGCAGCACAAAGGACCAUUAUAUUAAAUGUGAGGUUUGUAAUACCGAGAUAUCUGGGGCCGUAAACCUCAGUCAACAUGACAGCGGUAAGAAGCACAAAAAUGCCAUGGCGGCUCAGCUUAAGCGUGAGCAAGCCAUUGCAAGACAACCUCUCACUAACACGUCCCCUUCCAUUUCUCUCACUGUUUCCCCUGAUGGGACUUCCCGGCUUAGUGUUAGCACAACCCAUGGUUCGAGGCCAUUACCGUAUCCUGUCAAGCUCCCCAAAUCUGUCCCAGUCACUAAAAGCCAGCAUUGAUUCCUUGGACAAGCAUCAAGAAACCAGAGCCCUGGAUGCACCUUCUAGUCUCAGUGACUUCGCCAGCCCUACUGCCUCCAUGUCAAGCAUGGCUGUGCAACUCUACAAAACUGACAACGGGCCAGAUGGGAAUCUUUCAUACUCCGACUUCAUGCUACAGCCAAACAUUGGACCAUACGAGUGCAGGACAUGCCAAAAGAAAUUCACAGGGCCAGCAAGCUAUGCAAGCCAUGGCGUACAAUGCUUCUCUAGGACAGACUCUUCGUCUGCAGCCAACAAUUACGUUUGGUGUGACAUUUGCAGGACGCAGAUUUCCGGUGUCAUGAACAUGGAGGCGCAUGACAGUGGGAAAAAGCACAGAAGGGCUAUGUCUAUUUUUCAGCGUGCUUUAGCUACUGGGAACAAGCAGGAGACCACAAACAUGUGCAUCAAGAGUUCUUCCUCUACAUUUGUCACAGCAAUAUCAGUUCCUGCAGGCAGAACUUCUUCGCUAACUAUUACACAAUGUGAGAAUGUGCCGUCCGCUGCACCGAUGUUGUGCUCUCCAUCUUCUCAGCCAGCAGCAGACGAUACCGAUUCCUUGCAUACAUCGCAGCAGUUGACAGCUCUAGAUUCGAGCAUUCGCAACUCAGGCCAGCACAACGUGCCCCCUUGCUCCACAUCAUAUGCUGCUGCUUCUGGAACUGCAAUCACAAACCAAGCUAGUAUUCAGGAUCGUUCCGCUGACAAUGAGAGGAAGCACGAGGAACCGGUGGAGCCUACGAAAGACGAAGACCAGGAACAAAGUGCAAGCUUCACAAGCACUGAGGCAACAGAAAAAAUGUUUCUUGUCACGCACAGUGCUGUCGAUGUGGCAUAUAGCGAUGAUGGAAUGAAAUGCAGAAUGGGUGACAUCGAAGGUUAUGGUUGCAGGAAAUGUGGCAUCGUCUUGUUUCAAAACGUUGAGGCCGCACAGCGCCACUACAGAACAGACGGCCACAGGGCUGUUGCUGACCCACUGUAGCGGGGCUGCCUCAGUACAGUUUGUAGUGCAGUGCAGGGCCAAGCUCGUACAGUGUAGACCGCUUAUAACAUAAGUCGCCGGAGUCUCGAAUAACCAAAACAACUAUUUUAUUGCGAUAAUGGACACUCCAGGUGCAUUUCUGCUGUCGCUGUCACCGUGCUCUAGGUUCUGUAUCCGCUUAUUAAAUAAAUUAACAAGCCCGGUGUCAGGCGCACACAAGCAAACAUGAACACAUCUCGCUCGUUGACCGCAGAAACGAACUGUCAAAACGCUCGAGUGACGAAGCACGGCAAAGUGAAUCGACCUUCGUGCUUUCAUGCCUCUCGCUUCAACGUGACCUAUAAGUGGCGAAAACACGGCGCACGGCCUGACUUUUCCCAUUGCAGAUUACUUUCACGAUAGGGCCAAGGCGAUCGUAUCGCCGAAGUGGAUCGUCGCAGAUUAUGACCUGCUUCGGUCCACUAAAAUCGUUCCGCAUUGCUUUGCUGGCGAAAAUCCUCUCCUUCUGUUUGCGCCAGUCCCGAACGUAAGUUUCGGAUUCUCCGAACGCCCGUGAUGCGGACCGAUUACCGUCCGUCUCCGCACACAUGAUCACUUUCCUUUUAAAUGAGGCAUGACCUCGGUACUUCAUGCUGAUAGAGCAGACGCAGAGAAUGUGAAGACAGACGGUAAACUAUUGCCUUAGCACGUGUACUGCAGCACAUUGAGGAAGCUACGGUAGCUAGGCUCGAGAGUAGCUAGGCUCGACGCACGUGCGAGGCGGCCAUUUUGAAAUGCCGACGGCUAUAUGGUAACGCAGAUUUAGGGUCGUACUCGAUUCUAACGCGCACGCAAUUUUUGGACCUGUUUUAUCGGAAAAAAAAGUGCGCGUUAGAUUCGAGUAAAUACGGUAUUUGUGGCUUGAGGGGAGUGUUUGCUGUCUAGGUUGACUGCUGAACUUCCAGGCAGCCGCACUGUAACCGGUAUUUCGUGUCUUGCAACUGCACUAUAAGCGAUAUGCAUAUACAUAGAGUGCUAUGGGAAAAUUAACUGGAGUCUGAAAAGACCGUAUUAUAUCCGGUCCUGCACCAUAAGCGGUUAAGUUAUAAGUGGUCUAUACUGUAUUUAGUUGUGAGGUACAAUUUCGUGGUCAUUUUAUGACCUCAGCUGCUCACUUUGUUCCUUUUGCAUGGCACCACAGCAAUCUGCAGCAGCAACUGUUACAGGUACUAUACAGACUGUACUAGUUGGUAUGUCAUUAUUGGGACAAUGAAGUAAUGUGAUGAUGUCACACGAGAAAGAAAGUGGACACAUACAAGUGCUCCCUCGCUACAGAACCUUUACUGCACACCAAAAGAAAGCGAGUAAAUCAAGAAACAAGCAAAACGAAAAACAAAGCUCCCCUAAAUGGCAGCUAAGCUGCAGUUCCUCAAAUGCUUUCUAAACUGACAGUGGUCCUGUAUUUUACAUGUAUGGCUUUACUACACUGAACCAACUAUAAAUGUUAUGGUGUGAUUGCUUGUUUCUUUAUUUUUUUAGGUCCUUUUUAGGCACUAAAUAUAUAUUUGCAUGAUGCACUGUUCCUAUGUUGUUAAAGUCCUUGUCCUUUACCACACUUUUAUGCUGUGCUUAAGCCUUAUGUGAUGCUCUUUACAUUAUAGAUUCUGUGAAAGCACAUCUUAAAGUUUUCUCACAUUUAUAAUACUUUUGAUCAGCAAUUAAAGUGCUGAAAGCAUAAAUUGCAAGAUUCCAUGCCCUGGAAAUACCCAUGUCAUACUUUUUAGUGAGAGUCAUUAGAAUAUCUUCUUUGUUGCAAGUUCAAUGAAGCAAAUGAGUGCAGAAAUGCACAAGCUGUGGGAAGCUCUGCACAAAACAAUUGGUCAUCUUCUUGGGCAGUGCAGUUUUGUAAACAAAGCUGAUCUUUUAAUAUAAAUUUGUCCCUGUGCAAAAACCAAAAGCAAUGCUAUCAACUCACCAGGGCCUAGUUGGUGAAUUGAAUUAGUUUUGAAUUAUCGAAGUCUAAACUAACAUGAGGCUAAAUGUUUUCAUGUUUUUGUAUUUUUUCUCUUUUGGAAGGGUUUGUUGCAAGGCACAUUGGGGAUAAAUGACCAUCUCACAAUGUAUAAGUUUAUUUGUGUUCUGUGCCAAUCCUAUGUUUUAACAGCGAUGUGAGCAGUAUAAAUAUAUUGCAGACCAUUUUCACUGCCUCGGCAGCAAGUCAUGUAUAUGAGUUGUUCCUACUUCUGUAUUGCAGCUCCUACCACAGUCAACUUGGAUUCAAUCUAACUCACAGGGACUAAUUAUGUUUCUUUAAAUUAUCAGAAAUUUGUAUGAUCUGGUGUUGAAUAGAAUAUCAUUGAAGUCAUUAUGUCUCAUGAGCACAAAUUUGCAGACCUGGUCGCGUUUGAACAGUUAAAGCUGCAGCACACAAAUGCGUAGAUGUAAAGGAGCAUACAGCACUGUCCUUCUCUUUGUGUACUGUCAGUUCAACGUGUGUUUCUAAGUAGGCAAGACCCACCCAAACCUUAACAUUUGAACAGCUCUACAGCCAGACAUAUAUAUUGUGAGCACUACACUGUUCACUUCGCCAGUUAAUUAUCGUGUCACACCCGUUGUUACGCCUUUGGACGGCCGCUGCCGUACCACAGAGAUUGUGCAUGUUUCACGUUUAAUGCCUUUCAUACGGCGUUCGCCGCCAUAGCCAGCGGCCAGGUUGGCCGCUUCCAUGCGCGGGGGUAAUUCUGUGAGCAUUAUAUUACCCCUUCAUCUUCUUCAUCUGUAUAUACUCAUCAUCAUGGCCAUCAAAAUUCGCUUCUGCGCAUAGCCUGCACAAUAAACCGUCGAGGUUGAACAGCUGUCUCGCAAUAUAUAUAUAUAUAUAUGUAUAUAUAUUGUAGCGAAGAAUACGAACGCCAUAGCGGGUCACGCUCUCCAGCCCUUUCUAGUGGGUCGAUCCCUCCAGCGAUUUCCUCGAGAAACGCCGCUCGUGCUGAGAGCUCGGACCUUCAAACAACGGACGGCCCAAACAGCUAGUGUCUAAUAAACACCUUUACAUUAUAUAUAUAUCAUAAGAAGCCAACAAGGACACCAAGGACAACAUAGACAAAAUUACUUUUACUUACUCAUUGAAUUAAAGAAAUGAUAAAUUAAUAGAAAUGAAAGUGGAUGAAAAAACAACUUCCCGCAGUUGGGGAAUGGUCCCACGUCUUUGAUUUACGCGUGCGAUGCUCUUACCAAUUGAGCUACCGCGGCGCCGUUCUCCCAUCCACUUUCUGGGGUAUUUAUGUUUUUCUACUUAAACUAACACCUUCGGAGUGUUAGCCAGUGCCACCACGGACAAACCUUGGCGGCGGAUGUAGAACAUCCUUUCUGCCGCAGGCCUCACGAAUACGUGAUCUUUUUAGGUGAAGGCAACUAGUCAAUAAGCCCACGCAUGCUAACUAAAGGCAUCAGUGUUGCCCGGAUUCGAGACCCUCGUUAUGUAAUGAAUGAGAAGAAAGGGGAUAAACACCCAGUAUAUGUAUGUAUGUAUAUACAUACAUACAUACACUGGGUCUUUCAGCGAACACUUUCAAAAAUUUGUAAAGGUUGCCUGUGGCAGAUAGCCCAAUUCUAGUUCAUGAGCUGGUCUACUCGAGGAGGUGGACAUUACUUGCACAAAAAAUUGAAAUGCAUAAUCGACUAAUUCACCAAAAUGCACUACUUAUGUUUUAACUAAUUACCUUAUGGCCUAUAUUGCGAUUUACAAAUUCUAACCAUAGAGUUCGCAAGGCGGAUCCACUUGGAACGAAUUCUCACGAUGACACCAGUUUCGAAAUAAUAAUUCCCGAACUUUGCUGAGAAAUGCAUUGGCGUUCCAGUUACUUUCUUAACAAAACGUAGUUUUAUGCAUUGAAUUACAAAAGUAACUGUAUUGGUGGUGCCAUUUUGUGGUGUCACCCAUCAACACACACAGCACCUUGAGUAGCAAAAAUUUUCUUUGACUAUUCAUACUUUAUCAGCACAAUCUAACCACCUCAUUCCAUCAACCUGAAAAGCACAAAAUUGAUAGAAAAAAUUUGUUUGGCUUGCCUCAUUUCAGAAUGCAUUGAAAACAUGGCAAGGAAGCAGGGUUUUGAGAUCUGUUUGAAUUAACCAAAAUUUUUAUUUGUCUGAGUUUGAUGUCUACUGGUAUGCUUAAGUAUAAUUAUCGUUCAAGUUUUCUAAUUGCACAAUGGUUUUCGUCAAUGUAAACAUGUUUUUGAGCGGCAAAAGUUCAUGUUAUCUUAGUGCGUGUAGAGAGAGAAAAAGGUAAAGGAAAGACAGGGAGGUUAACCAGACAUUAUCUCCGGUUGGCUACCCUGUACUGGGGGAGGGUUAAAGGGAUUCGACAGGAGAGAGAGAGAAAAAAAAUAAGUAUAAAAAAGGGGGAAAAAGGAAAAAGAAAAUCGCACACACACACAAAACAGAACUGUUUCUGUGGGCAUAGUCACGCAGUCUGAGAAGGCGUUCUAGUGUUGCACAGUGUCAACAUCCCAUCCUACGUCACACAGUGUAGAGUCACAAUUUGUCACACAGUGUAGAGUCACACAGUGUAGAGAAAUGACAUACUUUUGUGGUGCCAUUGGAGCAGUUGUGUGCAUCAGGCUGCAGGCAUACUGGCAACAGCUCAGCAUUGGAACAGUUGCUUUCUAGUCCUGCCCUACGGCAUGCGCUGAGACUGGACGACGGCAUUACAGUGUAAUUUUCACUUAAGCACGUACACUUCAGUGUUGUAACUGUUUCUAGGCCAUGGAUAAAUAAAGACAGUACACUUCUUAUGUGAGAA